UCGCCGCCGCCGCGCUCGCGCCUUUGCUCCGCUCUUAAAGGGGCCGCGCCGCCUCUUUUUUUUUUCUGUUCCCUUUUCCAAGCGCCUCAGCGCCGUCCGGGUGGGCCCGAGACCCCCCCAUCACACACCGCCGCCGCCAUGAGGGAGAUCGUCCACAUCCAGGCGGGCCAAUGCGGCAACCAGAUCGGCGCCAAGUUCUGGGAGGUGAUCAGCGACGAGCACGGCAUCGACCCCACGGGCACCUACCACGGCGACAGCGACCUGCAGCUGGACCGCAUCAGCGUCUACUACAACGAGGCCACGGGGGGUAAAUACGUGCCCAGGGCCAUCCUGGUGGACCUGGAGCCCGGCACGAUGGACUCGGUGCGCUCCGGCCCCUUCGGGCAGAUCUUCCGGCCCGACAACUUUGUCUUCGGCCAAAGCGGCGCCGGCAACAACUGGGCCAAGGGUCACUACACGGAGGGCGCCGAGCUGGUGGACUCGGUGCUGGACGUGGUGCGCAAGGAGGCCGAGAGCUGCGACUGCCUGCAGGGCUUCCAGCUGACGCACUCGCUGGGCGGCGGCACCGGCUCGGGCAUGGGCACGCUGCUGAUCUCCAAGAUCCGCGAGGAGUACCCCGACCGCAUCAUGAACACCUUCAGCGUGGUGCCGUCGCCCAAGGUGUCGGACACGGUGGUGGAGCCCUACAACGCCACGCUGUCGGUGCACCAGCUGGUGGAGAACACGGACGAGACGUACUGCAUCGACAACGAGGCGCUCUACGACAUCUGCUUCCGCACCCUCAAGCUGACCACGCCCACCUACGGCGACCUCAACCACCUGGUGUCGGCCACCAUGAGCGGCGUCACCACCUGCCUGCGCUUCCCCGGGCAGCUCAACGCCGACCUGCGCAAGCUGGCCGUCAACAUGGUGCCCUUCCCUCGGCUGCACUUCUUCAUGCCCGGCUUCGCGCCGCUGACGUCGCGCGGCAGCCAGCAGUACCGCGCCCUCACCGUGCCCGAGCUCACCCAGCAGGUGUUCGACGCCAAGAACAUGAUGGCCGCCUGCGACCCGCGGCACGGCCGCUACCUCACCGUGGCCGCCGUCUUCCGCGGCCGCAUGUCCAUGAAGGAGGUGGACGAGCAGAUGCUCAACGUGCAGAACAAGAACAGCUCCUACUUCGUGGAGUGGAUCCCCAACAACGUGAAGACGGCCGUGUGCGACAUCCCGCCGCGCGGCCUCAAGAUGGCCGUCACCUUCAUCGGCAACAGCACGGCCAUCCAGGAGCUCUUCAAGCGCAUCUCGGAGCAGUUCACGGCCAUGUUCCGCCGCAAGGCCUUCCUGCACUGGUACACGGGCGAGGGCAUGGACGAGAUGGAGUUCACCGAGGCCGAGAGCAACAUGAACGACCUCGUCUCCGAGUACCAGCAGUACCAGGAUGCCACGGCCGAGGAGGAGGAGGAUUUCGGCGAGGAGGCCGAGGAGGAGGCCUGAGGGGCCCUGACCGGCGGCGUCAACCCAACCCCUCCCCCCCCCGGCAUCGUUGGAGGGCGGCGCUUUCAGCGUCGUCGUCAUCGUCCUUCGUCAUCGUCGUCCUUCGUCAUCGCCAGCGGUGGCAGCGGAGUCCCCACCCGACCUUCAGCGUUGUCCUCGUAGUGCUCGAGCUUCAUCGUCGGCAUCCUCGGAGAGUCCCUGGUCUUCAUCGUCAGAGAGUCCUUGGUCUUCAUCGUCAUUGUUGAAGAGUUCCCAACCUUCCUCAUCAAGGUCAGAGCACCCAACCUUCAUCAUCAUCAUCCUCAAAGAGUCCCUGGUCUUCAUUGUCAUCGUUGAAGAGUUCCCAACCUUCAUCAUCAUCAUUUUCAAAGAGUCCCUGGUCUUCAUCAUCGUUGAAGAGUCCCCAGCCUUCAUCAUCAUGGUCAGAGCUCCCAACCUUCAUCGUUGUCAUCCUCCAAGAGUCCCUGGUCUUCAUCAUCGUCGUUGAAGAGUUCCCAAGCUUCAUCAUCGUCAUCCUCCAAGAGUCCCUGGUCUUUGUCAUCAUCAUUGAAGAGUCCCCAGCCUUCAUCAUCACGGUCAGAGCGCCCAACCGUCAUCAUCGUCAUCUUUGAAGAGUCCCCGGCCUUCGUCGUCGUCAUCGUUGAAGAGUCUCCACUCUUGAUCGCAGUCAGAGCUCCCGACCUUCGUCAUCGUCAGCGGUGAA